AUGACGCAUAUUUUCUUGUAUUCUCUGUUGUUGAUUCUCCCUGUUUCCAUUCUCCUAGUGAGGAGAAUGAGAUCAGGGAGGAGGCUUCCACCCGGGACACUCGGGCUACCAAUCAUAGGCCAAAGCCUUCAACUUCUGAGGGCAAUGAGAGCCAACACUGCUGAGAAAUGGCUCGAGGAGAGGGCGAAAAAACACGGUCCUAUCUCGAAGCUAAGCCUGUUUGGGAAGCCUACUGUUUUCAUCUAUGGCCGGGCUGCAAACAAGUUUGUUUUCAGCAGUGAUAGCAACGUGCUUACUAAUCAUCAAACGCAAUCCGUGAGGCGGAUCUUGGGCGACCGGUGCCUGCUGGAGCUCUGUGGCGAAGAUCAUAAGCGUGUUAGGGAUGCUCUUGUGUCAUUCUUGAAACCAGAAAGUUUGAAGCUUUAUGUUGGCAAGAUGGAUGAACAGGUUAACAGGCACCUUCAGAUGCACUGGAAAGACAAGGAUAUGGUCAAGGUUUUACCUCUGAUGAAGACCCUGACAUUCAACAUAAUUUGCUCACUUCUUUUCGGGCUCGAGACUGGUGCAAGGAGAGACCAAUUCAUCUGUCAUUUCCAACAGAUGAUUGCAGGAAUGUGGUCAAUCCCUAUUAACUUGCCAUUCACACGCUUCAAUGGAAGCCUCAAGGCUAGUGCAAAAGUAAGGAAGAUGUUGAAAGAGCUUAUACAAGAGAAGCGAUUCGAGCUAGAGCAAAAGGGAGCUUCAUCCCAUCAAGAUCUCAUCACCUGUUUGCUCAGUGUGAGAGGAGAAGAAGACAAUGAAGAAUUGAUAUCUGAAGAUGAAAUCAUUCAUAAUGCUAUGCUAAUCAUGGUUGCAGGCCAUGACACUUCCUCUGUGUUGAUUACCUUUAUAGUUAGACUUUUGGCCAAUAACCCAUCCAUAUAUGAAGCUGUUCUCAAAGAACAAGAAGAGGUGGCUCUCAGCAUGUCAUCUGAGGGGCUCCUCACAUGGGAAGACCUAUCGAAGAUGAAGUUUACUUGGCGAGUGGCCAUGGAGACAAUGAGAAUGUUUCCACCUAUAUUUGGAGGCUUUAGACAGACUGCAAAGGAUAUUGAGUAUGGUGGCUACCUAAUUCCAAAAGGAUGGCAAAUAUUCUGGGUUAUGGCCAAGACACAUAUGGACAGCAGCACAUUCCAAGAGCCAGAAAAGUUUGAUCCAUCGCGGUUUGAGAACCAAGCCACCUUGCCUCCUUACUGCUUCAUCCCAUUUGGAGGGGGACCUCGGAUAUGCCCAGGUUAUGAGUUUGCAAAGAUUGAAACUCUGGUCACAAUUCAUCGCCUCGUAACGCAUUUCACAUGGAAGUUAUGCUGCAAAGAUGAUUCCUUCAGUAGGGAUCCCAUGCCUGCACCUACUCAAGGCCUUCCUAUUCAAUUAAUUCCCAAGAAGCCAUUGUAACAUUCAAUAUAGUUUCUAGUAAGAACUAUUUUCAGUGGUCAACAGUAAAGGAAAUAUGAUAAAAGCUGCAUGCCAAUGGAUUAUAGGGGAUUUAUAGCAGCCUGAACUUGUACUUGCAUACACAAUCUGAUCUUUGGUCAAAGACUGUACUUUGUGCUGUUCUGCUGCAUUGUCUAUAAGAGAUCAAAUAUCAGUUGACCCAGUA